AUGUCGUCUAUGUCCCCCGACCCCAUGUCUAUAGUCUCCCCCUCCUCUGCUCCCACGCCCACGCCCGCUCCCACUCCUGGGCCCAAGACGAAGAGGUCCUCUGCCAGCCAGCUCAGGAAGCAGCCUCUCGCGGAGGAAGUCGAGCUCCCUCCCGUCCUCCCUGAACUUCCGAUACCUGUCCGGGACUUUUUGAAAUAUGUCGAAGAGAACCCGCGGGUGCCGAUAAGGGAGCUGCUGGCGCCAUAUCUAGAAUAUGAGACGGCAUUGAGGGCGUACUUUGCGCAGAAGCCGGAGCAUGAGUUUGUUCGGGGAAAUGUCAAUUUGAUAUCGCUCUUCAGAGAUGAUAAUGCCAGAUUGGCAAAAAUCAGGGCUAGAAAUUUGGCGCAGGAGACAAAGGAGGAAAGCGAAAAAUAUAUCAUGGCCUUGAAGGAAGAGGAUAGAAAGGCCUCUGGAGAGCAUUUCCUGGUUGAGAGCUUGAAAGAGUUUAGAGACAACUUCAACGUUUUUAGUGAAGGGUCUUUGUUGAAUAUGGACUGGAGUAAUGUAGUUGUUGCUGGUUCGGCCGUCUUGACUCCUUUACUCAAAGUUCCUGAGAAGUACGCAGAGAGCAAGAAAAGCCUUCGCGAGUAUUAUCAUCAAAAGCUCGCUCCGGCCUCUGACAUUGACUUGUUCAUACAUGGUAUUGAGGACCCUGAAGAGGCGAUCAAGAAGAUGGAGCAGAUUGAAAGAACCAUUAAAGAUAAUCUUCUCUGGGAGACAACUACACUCCGUACCCGAAACACCAUCACUAUCGUUUCCCAAUACCCGAAUCGUCAUGUUCAGAUCGUACUCCGUCUCUAUAAAUCACCCUCCCAGAUCCUCACAGGUUUUGACGUCAAUUGCUCGUGCUUCGCCUACGACGGCACCAAUGUCCUUGCGAACCCACGUGCUCUCGGGGCCUGCAUGACCCAAUGUAAUGAUAUUGACCUCACCCGUCGUUCGCCGUCCUACGAGAAUCGUCUCUCCAAGUACUCCCAUAGGGGAUUCGAAGUCUACUGCGACUUUCUCGACCGCUCAAGAAUUGACCCUACUAUAUUCGAGCGUUCAUUCCAGAAGACUGUUGGGCUGGCCCGCUUGCUCGUCUUGGAAGCGCUCCCACGCCCCGAGGAUAGGGAGUCCUAUGUUAUUCAGCGAAGGCAAGAGAUGGGGCGCCCACAGAAGGAGUAUACGACUGCUGUUUACAAAGACGAAAAGGAUUUAAAACAACGUGUCAAUGACGAAGUCGCAGAAUGGGAUUUUGAGGAUGUCAGUGGUUACCAAAAAUUCAGCAUCCCAUACGGCGAAAAGUACAACGCAAAGAGGAUCGAGAAGCUCUUCUACAAGAAGGACCUCUUGCUCAACGCGGAAUGGAAUCCCAUGAACAAGCCGCCCCAUCGCGAGGUUGCGCUGCAUCGCCAUCCAGUGUUCUUUGGAAAUGUGAAGGAUAUUGUGGUCGACUGCUGUGGAUUUUGCCCAGAGCCUGUGGAUGAUGAGGAGAGAAAGAUAUACGAAGAGGAAAGCAAAAUCUAUGUCAGUGGCCCAAUCACAUUCUUACGGGAUGAUCCAGGAAGACAAGAGAUUGGCUCUUUCUAUCCGCUGGGCCCUGAAGAUUACAUGGAUAUGGCGUAUGUCGGCUCGACCGAGUUGUUGUGCCAGGCGAUCGUGGAGGACGACGUUGAAUAUGUGAAGAACUGGGUUUCACAGGAAGGAGUGGAUGUCAACCGCCGUGACUUCUGUGGAAGGACUCCAUUGCAUCUUGCGUGUAUCAGCGCGGGCACUGGAGUGGAGACCUUGCAGGUUCUUGUUGAUGCUGGAGCAAAACUGGUGGCAAGAUUGCAAGAUGGACGGACAGCGUUACAUUUGGCGGCUGCAAGUGGUAGGCUGGAUAUUGUGAAGAUUUUAUUGGCUAGGAGUCUGAAGAACCAAGAAGAGAAGGACGAGAGAGAUGAAAGAAAGGCUGAGGCAGAGAAGGCUGCAAAGGGAGAGGAUCCUGAUCAAAGCGCACAACAAUCUACCCAGUCAGAUAGUACUGAUUUAGUAAUGGGAGGGGUUGAUGACCCUGAUCAUGAGGAUGAGGAUGAGGAUAGGGAUGAUGAGGAUGAGAAUGAUGACGAGGAAGAAGAAGGUAGCUAUGAUCAGAUGUCCGACGCAGAAUCUGGGGACAAAAAGACAACCACAACUCAGGGCUUUGUCAAGAUCCAGCCUCCCGAGGAGCCUGAUGCAUUUGAUGACGAAGACGAGGAAGACGAUGAUAUCUAUGAUAUAAAUGUUGUCGAUUGGGAUCACGGGAUGUCUCCUCUCCACCAUGCUAUUGUUUCCGGUCAUGAACAUAUUGUCGAAGCUCUAGUCUCUCAAUAUGGAGCAGAUUGCCUAUUGCCAAUGAAGAAGUACACGUACAACCAAAGUGAAGGCAAGAAGGGCUCUGACGCAAUUCUGGCCCUGGCACUCCCGCUCAAGAUAAGGGAUGUCGAGAAGAGAGCUAGCAUGACCGCAUGCCUACUUAAACUAGGUGCAAGCUCUGCGCAAGCAAACAGUUUCAACAAUACGAGUGCUUUCCAUUAUGCCGUUCUGGCAGCAGAUUUCGAUGUUUUAGACCAAAUGUUUGAGCUGGAUAAGCCGGGGGUUAUGAGUGUUAUCGAUAAUAUUGCAGGCAAACGGAUCGGUUAUCAUACCAAAGCCUCACAAAUACCAUUGAUCUCUGUGCUUGUCAAUUACGAACUGGAGAAGUUCAAGAAAGUGACUCAUUACCUUCUUGAUCACGGAGCCAAGGGAAAGAUCGACUUAGAAUCAUACGUUUACCAUCUUUCCGCAGUUGAGAAAAAUCAUGACAGUGCGCACCAGCAGAUCCUCUUCGGUGCUGAUGUGAUACAGCCUAUCGAAAUUGCUGUCUAUCUCGGUGCUUACGAUCUGAUACCUAAACUCGUUUCUGCCGGUGCAGAUGUCAGUCAGAUUAUUCAAUCGACCUACAGUGCGCAGAGGUGGAGUGGCACCCUGCCGGUCUUUGGUAAAACAGUUCUAGAGCAUCUGAGAGACAAAAUUGAACAUUGCAAGAAGUUCUUAGAGAACUACAAGGACCCGAAACAAACGAGAUGGAGAGAACGCAUCAUUUUUGGUCCCGAGGCCCUCGAUGAUAUUGAACCGGGGACCUAUAGACGAUACUUUGCGGAGAUACACCUCGUGGAGACUAACGAAGCCCGUCGAGCACACAACGAAAAGGGUCCUCCUAAACAGGAUGAUAAACGAACGUAUGCGAGCGAGGCCCAGAAAGCCGCUGUCGAGGAGCUUCUGCAGUCUUACGAGAAGACAGAGAGUGUUCUUGUCUCCUUUGGAGCAAAGACUUAUCACGAGUUGCUCCCCGAGAAGAAGGAGCUUGCAAUGCAGGAAGAAGCGAACAUGAAUCGUGGGAGUAGACAGCUAUUCAAUUCAAACUCGUCCGAUAAUUGGGAGAUAGAGCGUUUGGGGAGGGAAGAGGAAGAGUAUAAGAAAGAUUGCACUUUCCUGCCACCGAACCAGGUCGAAACCCCCUAUCUUGGUGAGGGCGAUGUGCAAGCUGGCUACCGACGAUUGUUUAAAGCCAUUUGGCGUGGAACUCCAGAAGACGCAGCGAUCGUCAAGGAACUUACUCUUGGCCCUUCCGGGGAGGGAGAAAAUACAUUGCCGGCGCUCAGAAUGGCAGUGGUUGACUCUUUUGGUCAUUCUACCCUCUUUGUGGCUCUGCGAAAUCGAAAUUGGGAAAUGGCAAAGUUGAUCAUGGGAAUUGUCCAAGAACAAUACGAGAUUCCGGAAGGGGAAUCAGCUGGAAAACGCUAUGUUCUAGGCGCAGAUGAGGAUGGGGAUGAAGAUGAAAUUAGAGAAACUGAAGGAAACAGCGAAUUUACGAUUGAAAAUAUCGGGGUUAGGAAGGGGUUGACGAAGUGUGAUAUUUCGCCUUUUGCAUAUCUCACUGCAAAUAAUAUGACCCAAGGCAGGUUUAUUGAUCGCGAAGAUUAUGAUAAGCUGGCGGGCACAGGUGCCCUCAACGGUGCCAAUUGGAAAUGGACCUUGCUCUCCUGGGCAAUCUACAAGGAUGAUAUGGAGCUUUUUAGGUUUCUCCUCAAACUUGCUGAUGAUUGCGAGGAAAACGGUGCCAACAAAUUCAUGCAUCACGCUGCAGACUUCUCAGUGAAGCCGUAUCGUACUCGCCGCAGCCAUACUCGCUUGGCCUUAACGCUUGGUCGAAUCACGAUACUCGAAGAAAUUAUGAAGACAAUACCCUUCGGCAUACCUUUCGAAGAACUUGAGGAGUCUGAUGAGGAAUUGCAGAAGGAGAAACCGCAAUUCUAUCAAGGCUUAACAGUAUAUGGUACCAAGAGAAAGGAUUGGGCAUCGAGCUCCUAUCCAGCAUAUGGUACUGAAAGUGACAAGAAACACAAACCGGCGCACAUCGCAGUUUCAUGUGGGAACUUGGCUUCGAUAAAGUGGCUCUUGUCAGAAAGACCAUAUGAAUGUCUCAAAGAAUUUAUGGCAGCGAACCCCAGUCAUAUCCGUGCCAAGAUUCUAAAGAAGCAAGGAGAUGGUCUUGGGUUCAUGUUGCAGAAAGGACUUGGUGUUGAAACGACGCUUCUACCCUUCUUGGCGAUUAAAGGCUGGUUCGAGAAAUAUCCAAUGGAAACAUUCCAAUUCCUUCUUUCUAGACCUGGCGCGAUAGAGGCAAGAACAAACAACUCUCUUAACCUCGCAUUAUACGCUGUUUCGUUAAUGACUCGACGGAUGCAUCUUGUUCCUGUCCUCGAAGAGCUUUUGAAACCUGAAUACGAUGUUGAUUUUUUCGCACGUGACGGCAAGGGGUGUAAUGUUUUGCAUCACGCACUUUCAGCUGGCGAGAUCAAGAAUAUGAAGAAGAUCCUUCAAAUGAUACCUAAAGAAGUUCAUGAGGUUGGAUGGACACAAAGGUCAUUGGGACAGAGCCAAACACCAUUAGCUGCAUGGCUUAAGUGGACUGGAGGUCAAAAAUUGGACACUCUCAGGCUUAUCUUGAAAUACAGUAAGGGCCGGGACUUGGGAAUUGCGGAUGUUGAAGGAAAUCUACCGCUUCACUGGGCGUAUCAACGCGGCUUGCCUGGCGUUCUGACCAUUUUCACAGAAAUGGCACCGCAAUACACCCGUUAUGAAAACGCCAAUGGACGCACCCCAAUGGAAAUCGCGGCUUCUUUGUUUUUGUCCGAUGUCUAUUGCAAUCCGCCGCAAGGGCUGCCAUACAACUCGCGGGCGCGCUCGACUGCCGUUGAUAAGCAAAUAUACGAUUUUUACCCCCCAGCAGGACAAGACCUCUCGACGCCGGAUAGUCCGAAGUCUAUGGAUGUUGAUCAAACGGAUGAGGAAGAGGAGCCAAAAGAUGGCGUGACCUGGAAAGUGGAUACAAAAGACCUCGUGAAAACAUAUGAACUUGGCGUCUCCUACCUGGAGAAAUACCCAGGGAAGAGAAAGUUGAUUAGCUUGAACGACGCGAACGAAUUGGCGAAGCGUGUUGCAACUAUGAAGACCAACAUACAAAAGAAUGAGGAAGAAGAUGAGUUUGAUGGUGGAGAUAUUCUUUCUUUUUGGUAG